AUGUUGGAUAAGGACAAGGCAGAGGAAGAGCGAUCGAAGGAUGAUUAUGACACCGCCGUGCCCGGGGACCUCAUUACGCGGGCGAAGAGGCGGCAGACGACAGGUAGUGCUGACGACGCCGGAGGCGAGGCAGUUGGGACACCGCGAGGCGCCAAGGAAGCUAGUGGCAAGGCGGGCGGUCAAGCAUUGCGCCAGAAGGGCCGACCCGCAGCAAGAAAAGCAUCCGGUGGAAGGAGAGGCAAGAAAGCAGCGACGGGAACAAAGCCAAAACGGGGCGAUGAAGACCGCGGUGAUGCGGAGGAGGAGGAGGAUGAGGAGGAGGAUGCGGAGGGAGAGGAGGAUGAAGAGGAAGCGGAGGAGGAUGACGCGGAUGUUGGGGAGGAUGAAAAAGAUGAGAAUGAUGGCGGGGAGGACGAAGAGGAGGAGGAGGAGGAGGAUGAGGAGGAGGAGGAGGAGGAGGAGGAGGAGGAGGAGGAGGAGGAGGAGGAGGAGGCAGAGGAGGAGGAGGAGGAGGAGGAGGAGGAGGAGGAGGAGGAGGAGGAGGAGGAGGAGGAGGACGAGGCAGAGGAGGAGGAGGAGAAGGAGGAGGAGGAGGAGGAGGAGGAGGAGGACGAGGAGGAGGACGAGGACGAGGAGGAGGAGGAGGAGGAGGAGGAGGAGGAGGAGCAGGUUGACGACGAGGAGGAGGAUGUGGAGGAGGAGGAGGAGGAGGAGGAGGAGGACGAGGAGGAGGAGGAGGAGGAGGAGGCAGCGGAGGAGGAGGAGGAGGAGGAGGACGAGGAGGAGGAGGAGGAGGAGGAGGAGGAGGAGGAUGUGGCGCCAGUGAAGGGACGGGGCGGGCGUGGCAGACGGGUGAGUGGUACAGGGAAGGAGGGGGGCCGGACUCGCCCUUCCCGAAAACGCGGGGCAGUUGACACUUCGCGCGGCGAAGCAUCGGGCAAACCGAAGGCGCGUAAGGUGAAGGUCGAAAGUGAAGGGGUUGGUAAAAAGCAAGGGAGCCAGGGAGCAAAAGGGGAUGGAGGAGGAAAGGGUGGCCACGCCAAAGGGGUUCCAGUGGGUACCAGCAAGAAAGAACCUGCUGGUAAACGUCGCAGCGUCCGCCAAAGCACCCCGCGGAAAGGUGGCAACGAGAAGGUGCAGGCUGCCCCAAAACCGAAGGGACAGCAGAAAGGUGAAAGUGCGGAGCACGAGCAUUUUGUUACACGGGAGGAGUUCCAGGCGCUGCGGUCUGAGAUCUACGCCAUGUUUGCACAGCUCGGCCUGCGUCGUGGAGUACCUGCCAGCUAUGCCAGCGGGUCGGCAGCCCUGCCUAUGGCUGGUACCCCGCCGCCGAUGAGCGCCGUGGACAAGGCACGAGUGCUAGUGUUGCAGGAGACAAACCCAUUCCCGGUGGGUGGGGGUGACGUGGCUCUUGGUGGGGGGUGUGACGUGGCAAGUAGGGCGGGUUGUUGGCGGAUGCAAAAGGGUGUGACGUGGCAGAAUGUGAGGGUUGGGGCUGACGUGGCAGUUUGGAAUGGUACACGGGAGCGGCGCGUUACGAGGCGACGCGUGUCAGGUGGGUGGGGGGUGACGUGGCAUGGGGUGGGAGGGUGUGACGUGGCACGUGGGGCUGGUUGUUGGUGGACGUGGCGGAUGCAGGAGGGUGUGACGUGGCACGUGGGGCUGGUUGGUGGACGUGGCGGACCGGAGGGUGUGACGUGGCGGAACGUGAGGGUUGGGGAUGACGUGGCGGAUGCAGGUGGGUGUGACGUGGUGGAAGGUGAGGGUUGGGGAUGA